AUGGGACAGAAAAUAAAUCCACUUGGUUUCAGACUUGGCACAACCCAAAGUCAUCGUUCCCUUUGGUUCGCACAACCAAAGGAUUAUUCGAGGAAUCUACAAGAAGAUGAAAAAAUACGGGAUUGUAUCAAGAAUUAUGUACAAAAACACAUGAGAAUAUCCUCAGGGUUCCAAGGAAUUGCACGUCUAGGGAUUCAAAAAAGAAUCGAUCUCAUCCAGGUCACAAUCUAUAUUGGGUCCUCCAAUUUGUUAAUUGAGGGCCCAACCCGAGGAAUCGAAGAAUUACGAACAGAUGUACAAAAAAAGUUAAAUUCUAUGAACCGGAGACUCAACAUUACUAUCACAAGAAUUGCAAGACCCUAUGAACAACCUAAUAUUCUUGCAGAAUAUAUUGCUCUGCAAUUAAAAAAUAGAGUUUCAUUUCGAAAAGCAAUGAAAAAAGCUAUUGAAUUAGCUGAACAAGCAAAUACAAAGGGGAUUCGGGUACAAAUUGCGGGGCGUCUGAACGGAAAAGAGAUUGCCCGUGUCGAAUGGAUCAGAGAAGGCAGGGUUCCCCUACACACUAUUCGAGCUAAAAUUGAUUAUUGUUCUUAUAUGGUUCAAACUAUCUACGGGGUAUUAGGGAUCAAAAUUUGGAUAUUUGUAGAUGAAGAAUAA